AUGGGAGGGCCGGGGUUUCAGUGUGGCAUGUGCGAAAAGACGUUUCCAACGAAAGUCGCACUGCACCAGCACAUGCUGCAUCACAGGAAGCUCGAAGCCACAUGGGAUUGCGAAGUUUGUCACCAAACGUACGAAGACCGUUUGUCUCUAGAGCAGCACAAGAUCGCUAGCGGCCACAAGCCCGCCAAAGUAUUUGGUUGUGGGGUCUGUUCGAUGCAGUUCCCAACUCAAGCGGCGCUGGAAGAGCACAAGAGAUUUCCUUCCACAUGCAGCGACGCGUUCCGCGCUCCGCAAACGAAGAAAUCACGGUCGAAGGAGGUUUCAGCUGAUUCCCCUGCUCCGUUUGCCUUCGCUUCGCCCACGUACGACUACGAAGCCCCUCCUGUGGGCAGUCGGUUCGAACGACCUCCAAGCAUCUCUACCGUCAGACCAGCUACGGAGAAUUGUACCCAGACCAGCAUGGGAGAUGUACUUUGCAACGUUUGCGGAAGGUCGUUCCAGAGCCAAGGCCGGUACGCUCGCCACUUCCUAGGAUGCAAACCGCAGAACCCCGCAACGACGACCGUUCGAGAGGAAGAUAUGCAGGGCGGCGCUCCAGCGCAGAGUUUGCCGAUUCCAGCUGUUAUGCCGCAACAGUCACGCACGAGUCAAGCGUCCGCCACGCCGUUCAUUGCCGCUGUUACCGCCAGACAAUCUGUCGACCCAUCGCAAGGACGUAUAGAACCAAAGCAGAAAGCGACCACAAAGCCGCAGGUGAAGCCAACGAAUACCUUUGCCGAGUUGCCAUACCGAUGUACCUUUGCUGCUUGCCGUAAGGGUUUUCGAAGUGAGGCUGCCUUGAAGCAACAUCAAUUCGACUCCCACAGGGUUGAGACGGCGACUUUAAAUCAUGCUGUCCGAGAACAGCUGAAAAACAGUGGCUUACUUCGUGCGAGCCCCUUGCCCACUGCGGGCCGGCAGGUCAACAUGAACCCGACUUCACUUCGGCCAUCCCCGCACGUCGUACACGCCUCAAAUAGACCAAACCCUCCGCCAGCGGUAGUUCCAGCCACCAUCAAACAAGCCCCGGAGCAAGCUGUCGUUGUGGGUCCAGAAGACUUUCAUCAAACAAGCAAGGUCAGUGAACUCAUUGUCCGCCUUGUCUUGCAAGAUGACGUUCUGCUUCACCAUGGAGGGAAAAUCAUAUACGGAGGUGUCGAUUGGAAGCGGGUUCCUGUGGCUAAGCAAGGCGCUCUUCUGGACAUGUUCGAAGAGCAACAGCUAUGUCAUCUGCCCAAGUCUCUUCAACACGAGGAAUACAUCCCAGCACCAGCAGUGUUCAAGGACGAAUACCAGUACUUCUACCCUGUGGCUGAUUUCCAAACUUCUCCAGAUCCGUCCCUUACAAGACCAUGUCCUAGCAUUAUCUCUCUUACCUGCAUUAAGGUUGGCCUUACUAAUGGAGGGCAUGGAGCAGUCAAGGUUGCGGCUGUCGACGUAGCUACUUGUAGGAUUCUGUUGAACCAUCUUAUCUGGAUUGAGUCACAGGGCGUUCGUGACUGGCGCACCACCGUCACCGGCCUGAAAGGAAUGGAGGACCUCGAAGAAGCUCGAAAAGAUGGUUACAAGGUGUUCAAAGGAUGGGAGGCCGCUCGUUCUGCUAUCUGGAAGUUCAUCGACAGCGACACCAUCAUCAUCGGACACAACCUACGUGCUGACAUUGACGCCCUUCGAAUGAUACAUGGACGAGCAGUCGACGUUGCAAUCUUGGCGGAAAAGGCGGCGAAUGGUCCUGUCUCUAAACAGCAAUUGAGUUUGGACGCUCUUUCCAGGGAUCUUCUGAAGAUCAACCUGUCUACACAUCCCCGUUUCGGCCGCGAUGCCCUCCAAAAUGCUUUUGCCAUCAGGGAACUGGCACUCUGGAAGCUGAAGAACGAUGAUAAGUGGACGAAGUGGGCGAAAGAGAAAUCCCUGGACUAUCAGCGUAUUGGCAAGUUCGCUUCGCGUGCAGUCUAA